CGGCUCUCUUCAAAGGCUUCAAAUCAUUUAGCCUUCUCUUCGACCCGGCCACCUCGCAAACUGUCUUACCAGCUCACCCCCAGCGACUGGAACCCGGCCUGCCCAUCAUUGGAAUUGGGCAAACAGAUAGGUGCUCUUUCCUGGUCAAAUCCGCUCCUGUUUGUGCUUGUUCGAGGCCUGUGGUCUGCAUCGCGGCUGCCAACGUCCGCUUGACCGCUUCGCGUCCGAUGCUCACUCGAGGGAAACAACAUAUUGUCGAACUUGCAACAUCACUUCUCGAGGCAUUCGUACCAGAAUCGCAUUCGACGUCGCAAUUCCUUCUAAGACACGCAAGAGGUUCUACGCCACCGGCAACAAUUUCGCUCUAGAGAGUACGACACUGCCUCAUAUUUUCGAGACCCUCGAUGGCUGAGGUUCUCGCCCAUCUCCCUGGAAGACAAACUGUUCAGGAGUAUGGCAGAGAAUAUGGCACUUUCAGAAGGGGUCAGUAUAUGCUCCCUCACGAUCGCAAAGAAGCGGAGCGGCUGGACCUGAUGGACACGAUGAUCAAAAAGACCAGACCUCCAGCCACAAGAUUAACGCAGGUCCAAAAAGAGCUUCUCAAAAAGCCAGCCUCGGCUCUGGGAGAAAGAGUGCGGAUUCUCGACCUGGGUUGCGGCACAGGAGUGUGGAUGAAUCAAAUGGCCGACUUCCUGCCCGAUGCAGAGUUCGUUGGGGUCGAUAUACAUUACCAGGGCCCCGAGUUACUACCUCCCAAUGUCGGGAUCAGAGCACCCUGGGAUUAUGAGGGUCCGUGGGCACUAGGUGAGAAAUCCUGGGACCUGAUUCACCUUCAGUUGGGUCUGGGUAGUGUCUCAGACUGGCCGGGACUAUACCGCAAGAUUCGGCGUCAUCUUAUACCAGGCAAGGGCAUUUUUGAGUCGGUCGAGAUCGACUUCCAACCGAGAUGCGAUGAUGGCACUCUGAAGAAAGGAAGACUGACUGACUGGUGGGACUUAUACAUCAAAGGGUCUUACGAAGCUGUCAACCGCCGUCUACAUUAUGACCCCAACACUGGCGAGAUGCUCAAAGCGGCUGGGUUCAGGGAGCGAGACAUCCAGCACGUUGUCUACCGGAUCCCCCUCAACGGGUACAAGCACCCCGGCCAAGAGCCAGAAUCAUGGUGGCAGGUCUGUAUGUCUAGCGACAACGACGGCGGAUGUGGUCUCGAAGCUAUGAGUCUCUUUCCGUUGUGCCAUUUGCACAACUGGCCAACAGACCACGUGAGGCGAUUAUGCAACGAGGCCGUCGCCCAGGCUGCGGAUCCGAACGUGCAUGCUUACAACGAGCUGCACAUAUGGACAGCCAGAGCACCCAGCGAAGAUUGACGAAAGAACACCACGACCACAAUAUCAAAAUGGGAGGCUAUCUGACAUAUCAUCGGAUUUGGGGCGCUCCAAAGCAUCAGACAUAUUCUCGCAAGGCAUAAAAAUCAUCAUUAUGCUCCAACCAUUGGACCAUUUAUGCAAUCAAGAGGACAUGGUUGCCGAGCAGAACACGCCCACGGACGCAUUGAAUCCCGCAGCUACGAAGACCGAAACGAUUGAAGUAUUACCGCUCCUUUAGACUUGGUCGUACAGAAACCUAUCCUUAGCACAACAUUCGCACCCGGAUACUCGGCACGAUAUCCUGGAGGAGAAUCGAUAAAAGACGAAAGAGAGUGCGAGGCUCAGCGCUCGGAGCUAGCAAUGCCAUGAGCCCUGGUCGACGAUCAUUCAGAGCGGGCACUUACCUGGCCCAGCCAACAAACUAGCGCGAGUGGCGGUACAGGGUUCCUCGGAUCUCUCAAAUGCUGGCCUUGACCGACAAAUGGGUUUCCAACUGCUAGUCCGCGAGAAUCUCGAUUGCGUGUCCACGACCGCGAAAUCACGAGCCUGGUCCGGGGAUGAAUCUAUGCAAUCUCCAUUGGUCUUGCGUGAUCAGGGUCUGGACAAUGGGCAUGCCUUUCUCGGGUAUGGAAACUGUUAGACUCUUCUGCAUUCACGUAGAUCUGCGAAAUCCUUCUUCAUGCUCUCGCGUCAGCCGCAUUCCGUUGCUCACAGCAGGAUCGAAAGGGUUGGGGAGAAAGUCGAGAAAGAUGCUUUGUUUUGAACGUAGAAUUUUUCAUUGGCACAUUGAGACUUCCACUUCUGCUGGUUACUUACGUCCACCACGCAGCACCAAGCCAGACCUCAGGGCCUCAUGAUCCGAGUUGAAUGUAACUGAGCAGGUUGUCUCAAAUUCGAGCCUCAGCCUCGGUUCGACUUUGCUCCGGUCGCUCUAUGGUCAUGCACGAUGUUGUUCAAGGGAAAAUGGCCCUCAUCUUCUUUUAACGACCCGUUUUCGCAUCGUCCAUUGCCCAUUGAGCUUCGAUUUCUGCGGCUUACCUCCUCUCUACCCACACCCAAGAGACGAACGUCUCCUGUGUCCUGACACCAAAAGCCAUUUCACUCUCCACCCAUUUAAGCAAAUGUGUUUGGUCGGUUCGGGACGAACAGCUUCUUGGAGCCGGUGCUGCGGUGAGGAAGAGGGAAUUUGAGGUUCUUGGAGAUCAAUUGCUUGAUGUACGGUCGCUUGACGUCGUUCUGGUUGGUGAUUUCAACGACUUUGAGAAUCUAUCACAGACACACCAGUCAGCACCUUACUCUGCAUGAGGUCGCUUUGCAGACUGAGCUGCCGAAGUUGGCUUGCAAAAACGUACGUGAAUGCUCCUGAAUCUAGCACGAUGUCUCGC